AUGGCUUCGCCAUCACCCAACCUCCUACCUCCUCCCCCCUCCCCCUCCUUCCCCCCAUUCGAAGACAUCGUUCACUCCGAGUCUGCCCUCCUGAAACAUGUCAGCCGCAACUACGCGCACACCUCUUUUGAGACCUUCACCGCCGAGGGCUACGUUGAUUUCGCAUACACCGUUGAGAAUAUGCGCUGGGCCGCCUUUGCGCAGGGAGACAUCGAGCCCUUGCCACGUAGGGAGAUGGAUCGGCUGUGGAUCAAUAUUGUGAUGGAGUUCUGGGUCAAGAUGGCCUGGUGUUGGGAGGGAGACGUGGAGGGGGUUGUUAUUGCAUUGCUUGAUAGAGAGGAUGGGAAGGGAGUCGAGGAGAUGUGGGAGGAUAGGAAGAUGGACUAUCCGGAGUUGAAUACUAGACUUUGCUAUCCGAUGAUUGGGCACAAGGGCAUCUUUGAGGAUUACCUUGAUCUCGGUAUCCGCGCCGUGAUUAACCCAGAGAUCCGCUGCUAUCUUGAGAAGAUGGAAGAUGGAACUAACUAUGACUCUGAGAGCGAGCUUGGAGAGGCGGUUUAUAGCCUUGAUCUUGAUGGAUUUGAUCCCGAGGACGAUGCUGAGGGGGAUACUGAGGUUGAGGAGGCCACCGGGCUUGAAGAUGAUGCUGGGAUCGAUGAUGCUAAAAUUGAUGACACUGAGAUCGAUGAUGGUGAGAUCAAUCAUGCCGAGAUCAAUCAUGCUGACGGGGGUGCUGAGGCUGAGGAGGCUACUGAGAUUAAGGAGAAUGCUCAGAUCGAUGAUGCUGAGAUCGAUGAUGGUACUGCGUUCUUGGAAGCUCUUGACGCAGCUAUUGAGAAGGCAACGGCAGAGAUGGAGGCAGAGGGCAUGGUAUUUGAAGAGUCAGACGAGGAUGAGAAUGAAAUCAAGAUCAAGGAGGAGGAUGAAGGUGCUGAGACCUCUAUUUAUGGGAUCCCGGAGGCUGUUUCUAACCUUCACUUGACAGAGUCUGGCAACAAAGAUGAUGUUGACAAAGUGGUCGACGACAUCAAGCAAGAAGAUAUCAAACAAGAAAAGGAUGUCAAGCAAGAGAAAAAUAUCAAGCAGGAGAAAGAUAUCAAGAAAGAGGAAGAUGGUACUGGCACAAUCACCUACCCAAUUAGGAGCGCCAUAUCAAAUCUCCGCCUGACAGAGUCGGUGCAGAACAUUCUUGCUAAUACCCAGGCCACCAUCCCAGCCCCUGAGAUUGGCUUCACUCCUCCCAACCCACCAAGCCGCCUUGGAAAUGCCACCUUGGCCCCUGAUGCUGCCAUCCCAACCAGCCACUAUGCAGCUGGGCCACCCAUGGAUGGACCCAGUUCCCCUGGACCCAGUGCUAGCAGAGCGGCAAACAAUCUCCGCGAGGCGGUGGGGAGACUUUCCGCCGAAGAGGCGGGCAUGAUUAUAGUAAAGGCGGUUAUGAUGCAACAUCCAAUCAAGAAAGAACUGGUCGACAUGCUCCCAUUCCUGGCCAACAUUCCAUCGAGUACCGUUUUCCGUGGCGAAAAUGGCUUUCAGAAACUCCUCCCUAACGUAGCCCCUGAGGCCAUGACUUCCCCAAGAGUGCAGACAACGGGACUAUCUGGAUCCUACAAAAUAUUCCAUGGAGUUUCUCACUUAAUUCCCCGCAAUGAGGACCCAGCUCCAGCUCCGAAGGAUAUCAUCUGCGACACAUUUGACAUGGCAUACGAAGAUGCCUGUAAAACUCCUGGAUUCUGGGAGCACCCCAUGUGGAAUGGAGUCGAAGUUUAUAAGAUGUCUCCUUUGGUCCUUGCUCAGCACUAUGCGGCCCACAAAGAAGCUGCUGCUUUCCACGCCAAACCCUUUGUCUUCAACCCAACCCGGGUCUUCCAGGCCCCAAUUGCUGCCAACGUUCCAACCCCUGUUUUCCAGGCCCCGACUGCUGCCACCAUCCCAGCUCCUGUUUUCCAGGCCCAAACUCGUUGUUACAACCCAGCUAAUCCCUUCCAUGCCCGACGCGCUGUCCACUACCCAGGUCUUCUUUUCCAGGCCCAGACCGGUACUCACUAUCCAGCGCCUUCUUUCCAUGGUGCCAACUACCCAACUCCCAACACAGCUCCUUUGUCCCAGGCUGAUUUCUACGCUGCCAACUACCCGACUCCCUACGGGCCUCUAGGUUUCCAAGUCCCACCCCCCGUUUCCAGAUUUGCCACCAACCCAGCUCCAGGUUUCCAGGCCCCUCCCCCCGUCUCCAGAUUCGCCUCCAACCCAGCUCCUCCUUUCCAGGCCCCUCCCCCCGUCUCCCGAUUCUCCGACCCCAACCACAUCCACCUCAACUACCUCGCCACCCCCCCAGCACCACCAAUCUUCAUCAACCUCACCGCAGCCGACUUCAAAGACCUGUACUCCCCCCCCCCCAACCUGACUGCCGCCUACUUCGAAAAAAUGGACAAGUAUGGAAUGCACGACUACUUGCCUAUGCCGAGGAAGCGCCAGGAUCCCAAGAUGCGCCAGGAUCCCAAGAUCAAGAUCGAGGAGGACGAGGAGGAAGAGGAUUUCAAAAUGGCGAAUGAGAGAUGCUACUCUGACUCUGUGCUUGCGAGGAAGAGGGCCCGUGAUGUGGAGGAGGGGGAUGAGGAGGUGGGAGUUGAGCGCCCGAGGAAGUUCAGUGGAUGAGGGGUUUUUACGAUUACAGUGACUGAGAUGGAUUUUGUUUGCUUUGAGUUACUGGAUGGGCUGUUUUCGGAUUUCAGUUACUAGUUUUUGUUUUUUUCUGUUUUUUUCGCUCGUGGCGAACAAAGAGACGCUUGGGGACUCAAAGGAUGGGGACGGAGGAGGGUCACUGGUCGCGGAAUAUUUGUUGUUUUUGUCUUGAGAGACGUGCGUGCGUGCAUAGUAACUGAGAACUGAUUUGAUUCGGAUAGUG